AUGGAACGUGGGAAGAGAAAAGUGCACUUAGUUUUGAGAUUUUUUAUUUAUACUUUUCUAUUGGCUGGGCUCUUGUCAUGCACGUUGGUGGCACGAGCUGAAGUGGCUUCUUGUGUCGUUGGUACUUACAAUCUUUCAAAGGUACCUGAGGCAAAUCUGUUAGCACGGGAAAGAAAUUCGGAUGGUACUUCCCAAGGCCCGUACUUGUGGAAUAUUGUUUUGUGCGUAGCACAAAGUGGUUUUGUGAAACAAUACAGCAAAACACGGGAUAGACUGGGCAAAGCAAUGACUUUACAGAGCAUCAUUGUCAACGAUGGCAAUGUACAGGCUGUCUACUCGCAAUGGUACAGGGAUUGGGGCUACCAAAUGAAUCUGGAUAUAAAGUGUGGGCAGGAGAUGGAAUUGGCGUGGCCCUCAGCAGACUACGAAGUGAGAACAUAUUAUUAUUACGAUACAAAUACUGAGAUGUUGAACGCAACAGUACUCACCAAGGCAGUUUGUCCGGUCCAGCCGUCUGGAGGUUCUGCAAGAGGUUGUGGCGGCGGCUGUGCCUUUGUUGUUAUUUUCUUUGUGAGCCUUGCGGCGUACGUCAUUGUGACCGUUUUGUGGUACUACCUGCGCCAGGGCAAGCGUGGGAAGGACCUUUUUCCGCACCCGGAGUUUUGGGCGGACUUUCCAUAUCUGCUGAAAGACGGCAUGGUGUACGUCUACACGAAGAUACGGCUGUGUAUUGGCCGGGGAAGUUCUACGACGCAAUACGAACAGAUGUAG